CAAAGACGCAGUCGCAGCCGCGCUCUCAAGCCAGGGAACUCAAAAUGGGGGCGCUAUGUCGGCGAUUGGCAGCCUCGUAGGCGACAACCCCUACUUCCAGGCCGGCUUCGGGUUACUGGGGAUUGGCAUGGGAGCGCAGCUCCUGCGCCGUGGCGCCACCCUCGGACUAAACGCCCUGCAACGGCGAAUGCUGGUCCAGCUGGAGCUGACGAACCGGGAUCACGCAUACGACUGGUUCCUCGGCUGGAUGGCGCGGAACACGGACGCAACUACGCGGCGCUUCCUCCCCAGUCACCAGAUAUCUGUCGAGACCGUGAUCGAGAAGCACAAGAACGGCUCCUCCAAUGUCUUCUUCAACCUCGUCGCUGGUCCGGGUACUCACUACUUGAAGUACCAGGGCGCAUGGAUGCAGGUUCGCCGCGAGCGCGAGACCCGCGCCAUGCAACUCGUCGGCGCGCAAUCCGGCGGCCCCUGGGAAACUAUUGUCCUCACCACCCUCUCCCGCGACCGCUUCCUCUUUCCCAAGCUUCUCGCAGAGGCCCGAGAUCUUGCUAUCAAAAGUCAGGAGGGCAAACUCGUCAUACACACCGCCUGGUCAACGCAAUGGCAACCGUUCGGGCAGCCGCGGGGGAAGAGGCCCCUGCAGAGUGUCGUGCUUGCGCCGAAUGUGGCGCAGAAAAUUGAGAACGAUGUACGGACAUUCUUGAAGAGGAGGCAGUGGUAUGUUGACAGAGGCAUCCCCUACCGCCGCGGUUACCUCCUCCACGGACCACCAGGCUCUGGCAAGAGCUCCUUCAUCCAAGCCCUCGCCGGCGCCCUGGACUACGACAUCUGCCUCCUCAACCUCGCCGAGCGCGGCCUCACCGACGACCGCCUCAUGCACCUCCUCACCAACGCGCCCGAGCGCUCCUUCAUCCUCAUCGAGGACGUCGACGCCGCCUUCAACAAGCGCGUCCAGACCUCGGAGGACGGGUACCAGUCCGCGGUCACCUUCUCUGGCUUCCUGAAUGCGCUGGACGGUGUCGCGUCGGGCGAGGAGCGCAUCGUGUUCAUGACGACGAAUCAUCUGGAGAGGUUGGAUCCGGCGCUUAUAAGGCCGGGGCGCAUUGAUUUGAUCGAGCUGAUUGACGAUGCGACGCCCGAGCAGGCGAGGACGCUGUUUUCGCGGUUCUAUGAGUUGGAUGCGAAGGCAGGGAGCGGGGAGAUGGGACCACCACUUUCGGAGGCCGAGCUCGAGGAGUUGGCAACGAAACUGGAAAAUAUUGUCGCUGAGCAGCGGGACCAGGGCCGGCGGGUGAGCAUGGCGUCGUUACAGGGCCUGUUCAUCCAAUGCGACGCUCGGUAUGCGGUGCAAUGCUGCGAGCAACAGGAGCGAGGAGGAGGGGAAGUAGUACAUUAUCACUUGCAUUAGAUGCCACAUAUUUACCACUCACC